AUGGUAGAAAUGGACGAGAAGAAGAAGAAGGGCGAGAAUAAGCGAAAACACACUGGAGAAAGCACAGAUGCAAGACCAAAGAAGAAGAAAGAUGUGGAGGAUGGAAGAGGCAAGCGCCUGGAUCCAACCAGUGUGGGCUACUUCCGCAGAGUGGACGACAGGCUGAAGGAGAGCUUUGAAGAUGAUGAAAUGAAGGAAAUGUUUGUGGAGAAUGUUCUCUCUGAAGUCAAAGGACAAGCUGCCCUCGUGGCUUCGGACAGCACUGCCAGCGUCACUCUGCAGCAUCUGCUCCCUCUCUGUAGGCUGGAUCAGGUGGCUGAAGUGCUGAAGGAAAUGGCUGGAGAAACAGGAUCAGACAUCAAAACUGUUGCAUGCAGUCACUGCUCGAGCCACGUGGUGGAAAGUGCAAUCCGACAGAUGUCACGUUGGUCAGAGUCUUCAGAAUCAGAGGAGGGUGACAGCAGCGGGCCUCUGGAGACGCAGGUGCUGUGUCUCAGUCGUGUGGUGCGAGAAAACUGCGCUGAGUUCAUCAAACAUCUUCACGGGACACACGUCGUCCGCACGCUUCUCCACGUGAUGGCGGGCUGCAUCGGACCUCCGCGCACCACGGCUCAACCCGCGCCGAGAGACCGUCAUGUCAUCCCACAGCUCACAGAUUUUGAAAUACCUACUUCUUUUUGGUAUGAAUUUAAAGAGCUCUCGGAAAGUCUUAUGGCGAACGUUAACUUGAGUGUGACACACACUGUUGCCAGUGCAGUAUUUCAGACCAUGUUGACCGUUUGUCAUCGAAAACGUCCCAAACUGUGUAAGCAGCUCCUGAAACGCAUCAUGGAGUUUCUGUCAGGGUGCAGCUCAGCACCAGGAGUCAGCCCACUUCUAGUUUUUCUGAAAGACCAAGCCGCCAGUCACCUUGUUGAAAAAGUCAUAGAGCUGUCCCCGAAAGUGUUGCUGCGAGACAUCUAUAAAAAUCACCUUGAAUCUCACCUAGUUGACCUCGCUCUUCAUCCCAUUGCCAAUUUUAUCAUUCAGCGACUCACCGCAGCGACAGCAAAAUACAAAAUGUUUGUUAAACUGUUUGAUGAGCUGGUGGAGGGAGUGGAGGCGAUCUUGGCUUCGAAUCACAUGGGGGUGAUUGUUCAGAUGGCUGAAAGCUGUGCGGAGAGCGGCGAGAGGCAGGAGGAACUGAUGCGCUGUCUGCUGAGUGCGUUCCACUGCAAUGAGCCGGGUUCUCGACACACCAGCUGCCUCCCUCUCUUCCUCUCGCUGCUCACUUAUGAAGUGUACUACCAGUCAGACACAGCAGAGGGCGGCAUUGACCCACAGAUCCCACUAAAGGCCUCUGUGAUGUGUUAUCACGGGUCCAGACUUCUCCAGGCGCUGUGUAAAUUCAAGGAGCGGUCUCUCCUCCUCAGCAGCCUGCGCACGCUGAGCCCGGAUGACCUCCUGACCCUGGCUACUGGAUCUGUGGGCAGCCACGUCCUUCAGGCGCUCAUCACCUCCUCCAGUGACAAAGGCCGGGGCAAGAUCCUCAAGAGACUGCAGGGUCAGUAUGUGCCAAUGGCUUGCUCCAGGUCGGGCAGUCGGACAUUAGAGGCUAUUUGGAACAGUGCUUCUGUCACACAUAGGCAAAGCAUAGCAGAAGAACUGGUUCCGAGCGAGAACCAGCUGCGGUCGGAUCAGUUUGCUCGACACGUCUGGGCAAAGUUUGCCCUUUCCCACUUCAGCCACCGCAGAACUCACUGGCUGGAAAUACAGAGCGGAGAGUCCAAGAAGCGCAAAAUGUUCAGUGAUAUACUCGAAUAA